UUGAGGAGAGGAAAACAUCCCUAUUAAUUUUCUAUAAGGCUUACAAAGAAACAGAGUCAAUAGACCCUAAACGGCCUCAGACCCAAAUUUCUUGUUUUAAACAUCCCUAUUAAUUGCUUCCCAAUUGAACACAAACAUGGCUUCAAAAAUGGCACACUUGCUUUGCUUGCUUUUGAUUUUCAUGCUUUCUCUUUUGAUAAUUGCUUGUUCAUCUAAGCUUGUACUCGGUCACUCUGUGGUUGAGUCUCUCCCAGGAUUUGAAGGACCCCUUCCCUUUGAACUUGAAACCGGGUAUGUGGGUGUGGAUGAGUCAGAGGAUGUACAACUUUUUUACUACUUUGUUAAGUCUGAGUCCAACCCCAAAGAGGACCCUCUGCUUCUUUGGUUGACAGGAGGCCCAGGCUGCUCUGCCUUCUCUGCUUUCAUUAAUGAAAUAGGUCCACUAAAUUUCAAGGUCAAGCAGAAUGGUGGGAGUUUGCCGACUUUAGACUUGAAUCCAAACUCAUGGACGAAGGUGGCGAGCAUACUCUUUGUAGAUUUGCCUGUUGGUGCUGGAUUCUCCUAUGGAACUACCUCUCUUGCUUCUAAAUCUACCGAUUUGCAAUCUUGUGACCAAGCCUAUGAAUUUCUCAAGAAGUGGUUGAUUGAUCAUUCAGAGUUCUUCUCAAACCCUAUUUAUGUUGGUGGAGACUCGUACACUGGUAUUACGAUUCCAAUAAUCGUUCAACUAAUAUCAAAUGGAAACGAAGCUGGCACUGAACCACUUAUCAAUCUCAAGGGAUACUUACUUGGCAACCCAUUAACAACUCCAUAUGAUAGAAAUUAUGCAAUCCCAUUUGCACAUGGAAUGGAACUUGUUUCAGAUGAACUCUACGAGUCAUUGCAGAGAAGUUGUCAAGGAGAGUAUUUCAAUAUAGAUCCCAGCAAUACACCGUGUUUGCAGGAUUAUCAAGCUUACUCUCAGUGUAUUGAUGGACUUAACCCUAGUCAAAUUCUGGAACCAUCAUGUGGAAUUGCUUCUCCAAAACCACAAGAAUUGUUUAGUGAUAGAAGAUCUGUCAAUGAGAAAAACAUAGAGCUUGUUGUUCAUCAACCAUUGCCCUGUGAUUCUAGUUCUAUUCAUGCAUACAAACUUUCCCAUUUGUGGCUUAAUGAUGAUAGAGUCCGAGAAGCGCUCCAUAUCCGAAAGGGAAGCAUAAGGGAAUGGAUAAGAUGCAACUAUGGAUUGCCUUACGCUCAAUCAAUCUGGGACAGUUUCCAAUAUCAUGUGAACCUCAGCACUAAAGGUUACAAGUCUCUUAUAUACAGUGGUGAUCACGGCAUGGUAGUUCCAUUCUUGGGAACCCAAGCAUGGAUUAGAGCUCUCAACUAUUCCAUUGUUAGUGACUGGCGUUCGUGGUGGGUCCAAGGUCAAGUUGCCGGUUAUACAAGGACUUAUUCCAAUCGGAUGACAUUUGCUACGGUUAAGGGAGGAGGACAUGUAGCUCCAGAGAGCAAGCCUGUUGAAUGUUGUGCUAUGUUUGAAAGAUGGAUUGCUAAUCAACCUCUAUGAUCAAUCUUUUACCUUACCCAAAUGGAUGUGCCAACACCCAAAAGUGUGAUCACUUUCAAGCUACCAAAACUCCAAUACGAGACAUCGUCUUAUCUAUUGAUACAACUAUUUUUAUAUAAACACCACUUUUUAAGGAUGCAAUGUUUGUUAUUUUUCUACGAGAAAGUGAUCAAUAAAUGGAUAGGAUCGUAUAUUUCAAGUGUCCAUGCUCACUAGCUUGUUUAAAAAAUGAUCCCAGUGGAUCUAGAAAUAAAAUAUGGUAUUCAAGUCAGAUGUUUACU